CCGUUUCGAAAAUCCCUCUCUAGAAACGAAUCGCAACGCCGAAAGAAUAACUCCUGUAGAAGCAAAGUACUUGUACCAAGCAGCAUAGAUACGAAAUGGACAACGAGACCACAAUGGGAGUGAUGGACGAAGAUUCUCCCAUGUCGUUUUUGGCGGAGAAUUUGGUUGCCGUCGUGGUCACGACGGGAUGCGUGACCCUUGGAUUGCUCGGAGCCCUUCUCGCCGUCAAGAGCGAAUCCAAGAGCAGGUAAGGACGGCACAUAUAGCAUGGCGUGGCAUGGGCGAGGCUUGCCGUAACAUCUUCCAUAUUUGGGCCAUGCAUGGACUCACUCAAUCAAUUUUUGCCCAUCGUCGUCGCCAUGGCUUUCGCUACUUGUGUUUUUCAAUGCCAAUUUCGCCCUUGGUUUUGGAAUUACCGCACCGCAGAGCCGCGACAAGCAACAAGCAGGCUGCGUCGUCUGGCGCGGGAAAGAGCAACACCGUCGAUCGCGCCAAAUAUCCGGGAGGAAAACUGACGGUCUACUUUGCCACCCAGACCGGAACGGCCGAGUCCUUUGCCAAGGAACUCGAGCGGGAAGCUAAGGACCACGGAUUCCUCGUCAAGAUCGAGGAUGCGGAAGAGUUGGAAUCGCCGGAACACAUGGCAGACUUUGAAUCCAGGUCUCCCUUUGGAGCCGACAGCAAACCCGACGAGACGCCCAGGGCCGUUGUCUUGGCCGCGACCUACGGUGAGGGCGAACCUACGGACAACGCGACGGAGCUCUUCAACCAGAUGGAGGACAUUUUGGCCGCCAACGAGGAGGAAGAGGAACCCCAGAAGCCGUUGCUGGGCUUGGAAUACGCUGUCUUUGGGCUUGGAAACACCGAAUACGAGAUUUUCAAUGCCAUGGGCAAGUUCUUUGAUUCUGCCAUGGAGAAACUCGGUGGGACCAGGGUGUACAACCUCGGGCUCGGAGACGAUUCGGACGAUUUGGAAGCAGAUUUUGAAAAAUGGAAGGACGGUUUGUGGGCCACUCUUAAAAAGCGUUACGUGAACGAAGGGGCUCUCCUGCCCACGUCUGCGGAAGACGGCAAGCUCAGCCUCCCGGAUUGCGAAUACACCGUCAGCUGGGAGGAGGAGGCYUCGACCGGGCCCGAUUCCGACGCCAAUCGCGCCUCGGUUCCACUCGACACGGUCUACGGAUCUUCCAAGCACUAUUUUACCGCGGUCGACUGCCCCGUCACCGUCGUGAAGGAGCUCAGAUCUCCCAGCGACGGUGGCUCGACGGUCCAUGUCGAAAUCGACAUUUCGGACGCCAAAAACCUUGAUUACAAAACUGCCGACAACCUCGGCGUUUUACCGUGCAACGCUCCGGAGGUGGUCGAAGAGGUGGCAGAGGCGCUCGGAUUUGGACAGGAUCUGGACAGGGYCUUUUCGCUCGGAAAAGGGGUCAACCAGGAUGGCGAGGAACACGAGUGGCACGGGCUUCCCUUCCCUUCGCCCAUUACCCUUCGGGAGUGCCUUACGCGCUACCUUGACCUUACCUCGGCUCCCCGCCGGUCAGACCUAAAGCUCCUGAGCUCCUACGCCAAGGAUCCGGUCGACCGAAAGGCCCUACAGCGUCUUUCCUCCAAGGACGGCAAGGCGGAAUACAAGGAAAAAAUCGUCGAGGGCAAGAUCGGGCUCGCGCAGAUCCUCAAGCUUUGCCCCUCUCUGGAGAUUCCUCUCGAGCACCUCAUCGGAAACGUCUGCCGAUUCCAACUCCCGCGGUUCUAUACGAUCGCCUCGUGCCCUAAGGUCCACCCGAACUCGAUCCAUCUUACGGUUGCUGUCACCAGGGAGAACAGGCCCGAUGGAAGCCUCUUUGAGGGUGUCUGCUCGACUCACAUUGCCCAAGGCCUCAACCAAUCCCUUCGGGUAUUUGUUAGACCUUCCACCUUCCGGCUGCCUUCGACCCUAAGCACCCCUGUCUUGAUGAUCGGGCCCGGAACCGGGAUCGCCCCCAUGAGGGCCCUGUUGCAGGACCGAAAGCACCAGUCCGAGCAGGAGGGAGCCAAAAACAUGUACAACGCGCUCUAUUUUGGAUGCAAGAGGGAGGAUCUCGAUUACAUCUACCGCGACGAGCUUGAAGGGUACAAGUCCGGUGGARUCCUGAACGAUCUUUAUCUCGCCUUCUCGCGAAAGGACCCCAGCAAGAAAGAAUACGUCCAGCACUUGCUGAAGAAGAACGCCUCCUCCACCUACACUCUGUUGAAAGAACAGGGGGCCUACGUGUUUGUGUGUGGUGGCGUCAAGAUGGGACACGACGUGACCGAAACCCUGAAGAAGAUCCUUGUCGAAGAAAGCAACGGGUCCAUGUCGCAGGACGACGCCGCGAACUUUUUGUCGAAACUAUCCAGCGAGGGACGGUUUGUCCAGGAGCUAUGGUCGUGAGCAACGAACGGAAGCAACACAGUACGAACAGAAAUGAAGCGAGCCAUCAGGCGAAGGGGAUCGAACCGAACCAAACUAUUCCGACACACAGCGGAACACAACACGAAAGGAGAGAGCACAGAGAUGCUUCGUAUUGCAUAAACACCGAGAAUGGAAUGAACGGAUGUUCCGGCAAUACAACUCUUACUUACUGUACAUUAAAAUUAAUCAAUCGAC